AUGUGGUUGCCCGAGCCCAAGCGCUCUAUAGGCGGGCAAGCAAAGAGGAUCGAGAGGGGGUGGAAGUCUCUACACAAUCGAGAACCAGAGAAGAGAACGGGGGGGCUCCCCGGGCCCAAGCUGAGGAUAGCCUCAAUAUGCGGGCACACGAAGAGGACCGAGGGAGGUGGAAGUCUACACAAUCGAGAACCGGAGACGAGAGCGGUGCUCUAUAGGCGGGCACACCUUUAUCGGCCGGCGAACAUAGUGUGCAACAAGCCGCCAGUCGUCGAUGACAGCGCCUCCCUCCUAAUUGCUUCCGUUUUUCUUCUCGGUCUUCUUCUGGCAGUGCUGCCGGACUCCUCAUCGUCUCUGCUCUUCUCAUUGCUAUUGGCCCAGCUGCCCGUCUUCACGUCUGCCUCCCCGCUGCCUCAGCGGCGGCCCAACGACAUGGACAAGCUUUCCAACCAGACCAGAAAUCUCAUGAAGCUCACACAAGAACUGCUGAGGGAGCAUGCUUUUGACUCUGACGUGGACCCCCACAGGGUCUGGUCCCUGCCAGAAAUGAGCAACAGAUCAGCCAAUGAUCUCAGCAAUCUUGAGCUGAAGCCCACACUCUCUCAGCUGCACGCCGACCUGAAGCUCUACGAGCACCACUUUGAAUGGCUGAACAGGGUGUCCAAGAAGCACCACCACCCUGCGCUUCCUAAGCUGGCAAGGGUCAUCAGAGAAAUGAAGUCACUCAUCAAUCUUUUGGGCCAUCAGAUGCAGAGGGUCGACGCAACAAAGGUGCCCCACCCUACCCCUUCCCUCCCCUCACACCUCUCUUACCAAUUUGACGUGCUGCAGUCCAGUCAGGAUCUCCUCCACCACUUCAAGCUUUUCUGCGAUUGGGCUUACAGAGCAUUCAUCAGCCUCAAGCCAAAAAUCACCACAGUUCAAUGA